AUGGCUGUGCUGAUGCAAGUCAUUGCCAAGAGGCAAAGAAAUGAUUAUGAUGACGAUGAUAAUAACUGCGAUUACUACGGAAACUGCUAUUCCACAUGGGGCAGUUGGGGACGAUGGGUUGUACUGGUUCUCAUAAUUCUUGCUUUUGUUUUAUUGGCUUUCGGAUUAUCAUGUCUUAACUCCCGCCGUCGCCGUCGUCAAGGCAUUCAACCAAUGUAUGGUACUGGCUGGAUGGCUAAACCACCCCCAUACGGCCAGUACAAUCAACCCGGAGCCUAUAACUAUGGGCCUCCUCCUCCAGUGUACACUCAAAAUGGACCAAUACCACCUCAACAGACAGGUAAUACGUUCAAUAGUAAUGAUGGAUACUACGGACAUCAUGGUCAACCUGUUCAACAAGAGGGAAUUGAGUUGCAGCAGCCGCCAAAUGCUUAUACCAGAGGUGGCGAGGAUGUUUACCAGGCGCCAAUGGGUCCACCACCUGGAAAGACGGCUGAGGGUGAUGGUAUUAUUCGAUAA